AUGGACGUGGACGUGGACGUGGACGUGGACGUGGACGUGGACGUGGACGUGGAGGACGUGGACGUGGACGUGGACGUGGACGUGGAGAACUUGGACGUGGACAUGGACGUGAACGUGGACGUGGACGUGGAGGACUUGGACGUGGACAUGGACGUGGACGUGGACAUGGACGUGGACGUGGACGUGGACGUGGACGUGGACGUGGACGUGGACGUGGACGUGGACGUGGACGUGGACAUGGACGUGGACAUGGACGUGGACGUGGACGUGGACGUGGACAUGGACGUGGACGUGGACAUGGUCGUGGACGUGGACGUGGACGUGGACGUGGACAUGGACGUGGACAACUUGGACGUGGACAUGGACGUGAACGUGGACCUGGACGUGGACAUGGACGUGGACGUGGACGUGGACGUGGACGUGGACGUGGAGGUGGACGUGGACGUGGAGGUGGACGUGGACGUGGACGUGGACCUGGACGUGGACGUGGACGUGGACAUGGACGUGGACGUGGACGUGGACGUGGACGUGGACGUGGACGUGGACAUGGACGUGGACGUGGACGUGGACAUGGACGUGGACGUAGACGUAGACGUGGACGUGGACGUGGACAUGGACGUGGACGUGGACGUGGACGUGGACAUGGACAUGGACAUGGACGUGGACGUGGACGUGGACAUGGACGUGGACAUGGACGUGGACGUGGACGUGGACGUGGACGUGGAGUGGACGUGGAUGGACGUGGACGUGGACGUGGACGUGGACGUGGACGUGGAGGACGUGGACGUGGACGUGGAGGACGUGGAGAACUUGGACGUGGACAUGGACGUGAACGUGGACGUGGACGUGGACGUGGAGGACUUGGACGUGGACAUGGAAGUGGACGUGGACGUGGACAUGGACGUGGACGUGGACGUGGACGUGGACGUGGACAUGGACGUGGACGUGGACGUGGACGUGGACGUGGACAUGGACGUGGACGUGGACAUGGUCGUGGACGUGGACGUGGACGUGGACAUGGACGUGGACGUGAACAAGACGUGGACGUGA